AGCAAACAUUCAAUUAAAAACACAAUUUCGCUGUCAUUUGAUUUCAAUAGUAAUCCUGAUUUGAAUUACACUUUGUUUUGAUUCACACGUGAAUUGAUUUAACGAUAGAUUCAAUUGAAUGAAACAUUAAUGUAAAUCGUGUGACCAUUUUAUGAGCCCAUUAUCACCUCGUGUUAUGUCAGACCCGACGCUAAGACAACGUAAUCCAGGAAUCGCUCAACAAUUCAAUAGUGGUGCAAAAGAUGGAGACCAGAGGCCAACGCACGCACCCCUCCGACGGAUGAGCUCUGAAGGCAUUGAUUCCGAAGACGACAAACUUAUAGACGAGACAAACAUCGGAGAGAUGACCAAAAAAUUGCCGCAAUCGACGGAUCAGAUCAGUGUUGUCUUAGACUUCCUUCCGGCCAAAUGGCGUAAUUAUGUGGUCAGAAGUAUAUUCACAUGUCUUAUGGUCAGCGGGUUUUGUCUAAUCAUAUAUUUGGGUCCAUUGGCCCUCAUGUUUACCUUUGCGUGGACUCACGUAACACUGCUAAUAGUGGUGACCCAAUCGUAUUUGAUUCUGCAGAACAUGUUUGAGGGACUCAUUUGGUUUAUAGUUCCCGUUUCGAUGAUUGUAAUCAACGACGUUAUGGCAUAUUUGUGCGGAUUCUUCUUCGGGAGGACACCACUCAUCAAACUCUCGCCAAAGAAGACAUGGGAGGGCUUUAUAGGCGGCGGUGUUCUCACUGUUAUUCUUGGAAUGAUUUUUUCGCAUGUGUUGUGUCAAUACAAAUACUUUGUUUGUCCGAUUGAAUACUCGGAGGACUUGGAGAGGACGACAAUGGAUUGUAUACCGACUUCGCUAUUCAUGUUGACUGAAUACCACUUACCGUCUGAAUUGAUAUACAUUAACAAACUAUUGCCGAUAAAGAUCCCGUUGACGGUAACGAUGUAUCCGUUUGUAUUGCAUUCGCUGUCGCUAUCGCUGUUCAGUUCAAUAAUCGCGCCGUUCGGCGGAUUCUUCGCGAGCGGUUUCAAGAGAGCGUUUAAGAUCAAGGAUUUCGGAGACAUAAUCCCCGGUCACGGAGGGAUUGUGGACCGCUUCGACUGCCAGUACCUGAUGGCCACAUUCGUCAACGUUUACAUUUCCAGUUUCAUACGCGCGCCCAACGCGACCAAACUCUUUCAACUCAUCCUAAGGCUUAAGACCGACGAACAGUUUAAAUUAUACCAACUAUUGAGCGAUCACUUGAAUUCUACCAAUUUUUUGAAUUCAUUUUGA